AUAAUUAUUCUCUUGUUUACUAGAAUUGUGCAAUGUGCUCCAAAAUUGUGGAAAUUACAGCAGAUCUGUAAAUUAGAACAAUGAGUGAGAAAGAAACAAAAGCGCCCGGCGAGGGAAUACGCUCCAUUCGUAGCACUGGCGUUUUCAGGCUAAUCAACUUUGAACUUUAUACGAAACCGAAUAAAAUUAUCAUGGGCAUCGGAUUGACUGCAAUAGCAGGUGUAUUUGGCUAUAUUGCGUAUAUGCGGCACAAGUACGAAAAUCUUGGCUACUAUGUGGCUGUUAAGGAAGAUGGACGAGAAGAGUUUGUUAAAAAAAGAUCCAAUUGGGAAACAUAAAAAUUGUUUUCUUUUUUGUUGUUGUCUGGAAACUAUUUAUUAACUGUGUAGCACAAUUUCGUACAUACAUGAGUUUAUUGCUAUUGUAGUAGUGGUUGCCGAAAUAUAUAUUCAAAAAAUCACAAUA